CGAAGAAGAAGUGGGAGGAUCUGGGACCAUUUCCGGGUUAAGAAAACAACUGCAACAGCAAGCCGUUGUUCGCUCGCGGCUAGCGCCAUGGCGGCAGUGCGUAGCUUACGGGUGUCAGUGAAAUCAGACAGCGGCUCAGACCGCUCCGAAUCGGACUCUGACUCCGAGUCAGACACAGAUGUCCGCGAAGCCGAACCGAUGGAGGUGGAGGAGGGAGAGCUGGAGGCCGAGGACGUAUCCAUUAACCGUUCCCUGAAGGAACUGCUGCCGGAUACGAGCCGUCGAUAUGAGAACAAGGCAGGAGCGUUCAUCACUGGGAUUGAUGUCAAUUCAAAGGAGGCGAUCGAGAGAAAAGAGAAGCGAGCGAGACGUUUUCACUUCUGUGGGGGGGAGAGCAGUGAUCAGAGGAAUGUUUUUCUGGAUAAAGACAUCAUGAAAAAAGCCAUCCCCAAACUCCGCCUGGAGGCGAUCCACGUGACGGGCGUGGAUGACAUGAGCACGCAGGAUGUCUUUGGAUACUUUAAGGAAUACCCUCCAGCACACAUUGAGUGGAUCGAUGACACAUCCUGCAACGUGGUUUGGCUUGAUGACAACACAUCCAUCCGAGCCCUUGUCAACAGCAGCCGGAUGCCCGACCCGGAGGCUGUUACCACGGAGACAGAGAGCACCAGCCAGCCUGGCAAACAGAGCAAAGGUCAUCAGGGUCAACAGUCAGAUGAUGAGGAUGAAGAAGAGGAGGAAGGUGAGGUGGAUGAGGAGGACACGGUGAAGAAGAGCAGUGAGGAGAAAGACAGCCUGGGAGAGGCGGAGCCGAAGAGAAAGGAGGAGGGCGGCCAGAUGGUCGACCUGUCGGGGGCGGAGAGAGAGUCUCUGCUGAGAAACGACCUGCGACUGGCCAUCAAACCCUUCAAAGGAAACAAACUCUUUCUGCGUUUCGCCACACAAGAUGAUAAGAAGGAACUGGGUGCCGCUCGUCGCAGCAGAUACUACAUGAAGUACGGAAACCCAAACUACGGCGGCAUGAAGGGAAUCCUCAGCAACUCCUGGAAGAGGAGGUAUCACAACAGGCGGAUCCAGAGGGACGUCAUCAAGAGCAAGAAGCCUCUGAUUGGAGACAGUAUGGGACACACGCCUCCGUACACACACCGGCACUCAGCUGACCUGGUCAACCUGCCCGAGGAGCCCAUCAAGGAGGAGGAGGAGGAGGAGGAGGAGGAGGAGGAGGAAGAGGACUGUGACGAGGACAUGGACUCAGACGACAGGGUGGUGGAGUACAGAGAGCGAGGUGAAAAGGGCGGUGGCUCCCGGUCGCUGGGGGCGGGGCCUCGAACCCUGGCGGAGCGCUCUCCGUCUCCUUGGUCGGAGUCGGAUGAGAUGGACUACGAUCUGGAGCUGAAGAUGAUUUCCACGCCAUCACCAAAGAAGAGCAAGAAGAUGACAAUGUACGCCGAUGAGCUGGACAGUCACCUGAAGAGCAUCCGGAACAGGAUCGGGGGGGCAGCAUCACAGAGGCCCAAAUCCACAUCGCCCUCCAAGGUGACAGAUGUCCGUCAGCUGCUGGAGGAGAAAAGACAAGGACUGUCUCAGCAUCGCCAGCACCCCCCUGUGGCCGCCGGGGGAAAGACAGAUGUUCGACAGCGGCUGGGAAAGAGACGGUACUCUCCAGACAGACGACGCUCCCCUUCCCCCGCCUCCACCAGAGACACGCCUCCAGCCAGAGAGCCAGUCAGAGACGUGCAUCGCAGACUGGGCGUGGCCAGCCAGGACAACAGAGGCCACUUCUCCAACUCAUCCAAAGACAGGAAGACUGCAGGCGGCCUGUGGAGCAGACUCGGGUCUGGAAACGACGACGGCAGUGCAGGACGUCAUGAGCGCAGGUCGAGCAGCCGGUCGUCGGGCCUCUACUCCUCCUCCUCCUCAGGGGGUAACGACGGCAGGAGGAAACGAGGGGAUGGAGAGGAGGAAGACGAGGCUGAGGAGGAAGACGACUCUACGCUGCAGAAGAUGUGGGGUGCCAUGAUCAAGCAGAAACAGGAUCGUCUGAGUCACAAGAUGAAGAAGAGCCGGCUAGACAACCUACCGUCGCUGCAGAUCGAGAUCAGCCGCGACAGCAGCGACGAAUCGGACGCCUGAACCCAAACGACGCACAGAUGAAGCUGUGAGCUGAUCUGAGGCCAGUGCUGGGCUUUCUUCUACUGUUUCAUUGUGUGUGCCUGAGGUCCAUGGAAGGACCGCCGAAGGGGUCCACCGCGCGUCCUCUGGACACCUGAACACCUCUGUCUCAUCGUCCAUCCGUCCAUCCAUCCUCCUGUGGAUUAAUAUCAAAUGUUUCCAGCCAACACAAUUGCAACUGAGCAUCAUGGGAAAUCACUGAGCCCAGUUUUCAGAAUGCUGUUCUGCAUAUCAUCAGUAAAUCAUUCCUGUGGAGUGGACGUGUUGCCCAGUCCUCACAUUGUGAGACUUCACCAGGCCUCGGCAUCCUCCGCUUGGACCAACGCUUUCAGCUGCGAUGUCAAACGCAGUGCAGAACUUCAUUUGCAAAACAUACGUUUUUAUGCUUCUUGUGAUUUCCAGUCAUGUCUUCCCUGUGGAUGGUGAGGGGAAAAUGGAGACGGAAAAGACACAAGGGGACACAAACAAAUUGUGACUCCACCCAGAGCUCCACCUGUUUCUCCUGGGAGUGUGGGACAUUUUCAAACUUUAUUUAAUCUGUUUGUCUUUGUGGAAAGAAACUCUGUCAUUCUCUUCCUGCUUUACAUGAUUUGGCUUGUUUUUUUCACUUUUUUUUAAAAGGAAGCUUUUGAGGGCCCCUCAUCAGGGGACAUCACUGCUGGUCAUGGAUUCAGAUCAUUAAAUCAUUGGCUGAUGUGAUGUGGUCUGCUACACUUCAGUGAUCAGUUUUUAUUCAUAAAGUUUAACCUGAAUGGUUAGCUGUAAUCGAUAGGUGGUCAGUCAGAAGUUACUACAGUCUGAUUGGUGCACACGAAAAGGUCACAUCACCUUUUUCCACCAGAGCUCCACCCGCUGAAAACCGUUCAGAAAACCAGAAUAUAGCAGACAGGUUUAGUAGGUUUCAGAGCCAAUCGAUCAGUCAGCAGCCGGUGGAUGAUAAAAUCAGUUUCAUACUGUGUGUCUGAGGAGACGUCGGCUCGUUCUUAGAGUUCAUUGCAUGGUCUCAUUCUGUGCUUUUUCGUUGGCCACCUUGGAGGAAACAAACAUUACUGGAUCCAGUAUUUGAUUAACUGAGAAAAUAUUGAUGAAAGGAUAAUGAAAAUAAUCUGUAGUGACGAGCCAGAGCCCAUCAGCACAUGAGCGAGGACAGAUGUUUGACAGUCUGUCCUCCAGAGACACCAUAGAACAUCCCAGAGUCGACAUGUCUGACAUAGAGUUCUGUAAUCAGUCAGUUUCUCAUCUAUAAUAUCAGUGUGUGUCGGCUCUAAUCAGAUGUAAAGUAUCGUGAACACACAACAGGACGACUGAAUGGCUGAGUGGACCAACAGGAACGCAGCUGGACGUUCUGCCCUGGCCAGACCUCUGCAGUGUUUGUCCUGGUGGAUCAGUCUGCGAAACAGAAAAUAAACACUCAUGUUUUUCUAUCCA